GCGGCGUGCUUUCAUCGCCCCGCCUGGUAUAAAAUGGCAGACAGGAAAACAUCCUUUAGUAUUGUCACGCAUCAGAUUCAAUAAACAGGCCAACUCCGCCUCCUCCUUCUCAUUCACUCAAGAUCUCUACAAUGGCCGGCAUCACCUCUCGCUUCAUGGCCCGCACCCUCACCUCAAUCCACACCACCCCAGUGCUACGCUCCUCCACCAAAACGAUCUCAAGCUUCAAAAGACUACUGAACUUCGUCCAGCAAGAGAGGAUACAGGCAGAAGAAAUGGAAGAUAUUGACUUUGUGAGGCAUCAUCUAGAAGUACUUUCCUUCUGGCACGAUGAAGCGGAAAAAAUGUCGCAGACGAAGCUAAGUCCAUCCAGCCCGGAGCAGAACGUCCAAGGAGUUCUGAGAGAACAGAUAGUGGAGCUUAUGGAGCAGCUGAUGGAUGAGGGAGCAGUGGACGCUAGAACUGGCUAGCUGGGGAAACCUUGCCAUUGAAAGACUAUAAUGGCUUCACCUCAACCCGCCCAUUCCUAUUCUCUCCCUUCCCCUCUGCUUAGGGUCGUUGUGUUGUCCUAACGAUUAUCAACUUUAUCAACUUUUUACUUUAGUUUGGUAUAAUUCUCUUUGACAAGGGAGGAACGUGCUCCUGCUGACCAAGACAUGCGUAUGAGGCUAGAUUAAUUCCCCGAGCGGAGAGCGAGGGGCAUCUAAUUUUGUUACCGCACAUCUCUAGGGCAACCCACCGCUCCGCCUGGACCCUGGAGGGUACAAUGAUGAUUUGGCCAGGAGCACCUUUUCGUGUCCAUCGCACAUAAAAAUUGCUAUUUCAGUCUCGGAAACACCUCCCACUCCGUAACUUUUGACGGCGCAUCUUUCUCAUUUUAUGACAUUUCUGAGUCAGUCAGACCCACCGUUUUGCCGUAUUUCGCAUAUUUCGAUUUAUCGGCAUGUGAGCGAAGGUUUCUGUCUCGCAACUCGCACAACUAUCCCCUCAUCACUACAGAUCGGGUUAGAGCGCGCAAAAUGCACAUAUUAUUAGCCAUAACUCACUUCAUAAACGGGUUAGCCAGUUUUGGUUGACACCAUCAGACUCAGCACUGACUGUAGAAUCAAGAUGUAAAAGAAAAAAAAAAGAAAAUGGUAUUACGACGAGUUGAACUGUGAAGAUGUAAAAAAUAUGUUUAUAACAUGUUUACUUACGCUCGCUGUUUUCAACAGUUAAUCAUUGAAUGCUGAAAUAUAUUAAUACAUUAAGUAGGAAAAACUCUUGUGAGCAAAACAGUGUGAUCAGAAUGCAGAUAAAACUCCACAUAUUGAAAACACAGUCAUUUAUAGCAAUACGAGUAUGUCACUCGCUGCAACCAUCACGCCGGUGCGACACUUGGCGUGGCGUGAGCAGGUGGCCUUCGUAUGACGAGGUCUGCGACGCGCCUAAAAGUUAGAACCCCGCAGCCGCUGGGGGAAGGUCCUUUAAGUUGCUUCGCAGCUUAAAGCACUUAUUACCUGGUUUUGUUCUCUUUGACACUGAAACAAAGCACAACGGUGGCGCAACCACACAGCUUGAGACAGUGUGAAUAAAUCAUGGAAAAAAUGGAAUAAACUAGGUACUCUAUCAUUGAAAAUGACAAUAAAGCAAUAUAUAAUA